AUGAACCGAGUUUCAAUCCGGUUACUGCCCAUUUUGAUCUUUCUGCUCUUCAAUGUCUCAAAUUCAGAAGAUGAAGAAGUAAAGCAAUCCCUGGUGAGAUUCAUGGACAAACUUGCGGGUGUAACUGCAAAGACAGAUCAAAGUUGGGGUUGGAACACGACAUCAGACCCCUGCAUACACAAAUGGAAGGGCGUAUCGUGCGACACUCAGUUGCUGUCCGUCAAGAAAGUAGUUCUUGAUGGGUUAAAUCUCACCGGAGUUCUCGAUAUUGGUUCAGUUUGCAAGGCAAGUUCCCUUCUCGUGUUUAGCAUCGUCAAGAACAAUGUUGCUGGAUUGAUAAAGGAAGAGAUGGGGAAUUGCAAACGUUUAACUCAUCUGUAUUUAAGUGGUAACCAAUUAUCAGGUCACCUUCCGGAUUCUCUGAAAGAGUUGAGUAACUUGAAAAGAUUUGAUAUCUCCAACAAUAACUUCUCUGGAAAGGUUCCCGAUUUGUCUCAAAUUUCGAGGUUGAUUAUGUUUUAUGCUCAGAAUAAUCAACUUAGCGGAGAGAUACCAAAGCUUGAUUUCUCCAAUCUGAUGCAGUUCAAUGUCUCCAACAACAACUUCAGGGGUCCACUUCCUGAUGUAAAAGGCCGGUUCUCUGCUGAAAGUUGGUCGGGUAAUCCAGAACUAGGUGGAGAAUUUAUCUCAAAGGAAUCCCCUCCAUCAGCAGCAGCACCAUUAUCUCCACGAAAAUCUGAAGAUUCAUCAAGGAGACUGCUUCUUAUCUACUUUGGUUAUGCUGUUCUUGGACUUAUUAUUCUGUUGGUCGUUGCCUUCAUAUUAAUCAGCAAAAAGAAGCUGAAAGAAGCCAAGGCUGAUUUUGCGAAAAAGGGAGUGAACGCAUACAUUAGCAGUACUUACGAUGUAUCCAAGAUCACUGAGCAUAAGUCAGAAAAUUUAGCAAGUUAUGAAGAGAGUAAAGCGGCAAUGUCACCCCUUGUAGUUCUUAGAAGUCCAAGGGCCCAAGGUUUAAGGUUCGAGGACCUGCUUCGAGCUCCGGCUGAAUUGCUUGGAAAGGGGAAACAUGGAAGCAUCUACAAGGUAAUGCUUGAUAAUGGGUCGACAACCUUGGCAGUGAAGCGGGUAAAGGACUGGAGUGUUACAAGUCAAGCCUUCAGUAGAAGAAUGCAGAGAUUGCACCAGACAAGGCAUCCGAAUAUAUUGCGAUCACUAGCUUUUUAUAGUUCCAAGCAAGAGAAGCUCUUGGUAUAUGAAUAUCAACCAAAUGGCAGUCUUUCCAAGCUACUCAACGGAUCCCGAAAUGGCCAGGCAUUCGACUGGGGAAGCAGAAUAAACGUUGCAGCUACUGUUGCUGAGGCAUUAGCAUAUAUGCAUGAGGAGCUGAGUGAAGACGGAAUCGCACAUGGUAACCUGAAAUCAGCAAACAUACUGUUCAACAACAACAUGGAUCCUUGUGUGAGUGAAUAUGGGCUAAUGAUUUCCCACAGUGAAAAUCCAUCAUCGAAUUCCCACUCCAACAGUUUCAGCUUGGAUCCUGCCCGUAUCCGUACAAGCUUUAAAGCAGACAUCUAUGGUUUUGGGGUGAUCCUUCUUGAACUUGUAACAGGAAAACCGGUCCAGGGUGAUGAGUUGGAAUUGGUUCAAUGGGUUAACUCAGUGGUUAGAGAGGAGUGGACUGUUGAAGUGUUUGAUAAAGGCUUACUUCUGGAAGGUGCAAGUGAAGAGAGGUUGCUGAUCCUUUUGCAGAUAGCAUUGAAGUGCAUAAAUCCUAACCCUUAUGAAAGGCCCAACAUGGACCAAGUUGCUGUUAUGAUCAACACGCUAAAAGAUGAAGAGGAUAAAUCAAGCUCCCAUGUAUGAACCACUCCAAUGUCAUACUUCUGCAUUAAUUCGAUUGUUCAUCAAUCGGCCCAAUUUUCAUUUCUGUAA